AUGGAUAUGUCGAAUGUCAACUCCCUCGACUUCCAGUACAGCCUCUCAAAGUGGAAGUUUCUGUGCAAACCAUCUCGGAUAUUUUCCGUCCAAGACAGGCAAAACUCCGGCUUAGCACUUACUUUUGAGCCAAAUCACAAUGAGAUGAAGAAAGUCUUUGACAAGUUCGACUCCAACAAAGACGGGAAGAUAUCUUCGCCUGAGUACAAGGCCAUAUUGAGAGCACUAGGAAAGGGAAGCAAGGUUGGACAAGUGCAGAAGAUUUUAAAGAUUGUUGAUCUGGAUCGGGAUGGCUUUAUCAAUUUCAAGGAGUUCAUGGAUGUACACAACGGAGGGAUUCGGAUGAUAGACAUCCAGAACGCUUUUCAGACGUUUGAUUUGAAUGGCGACGGAAAAAUAAGCACAGAAGAAGUUAUGGAAGUGCUAACGGGAUUGGAGGAGAGUUGCAACCUUGAUGACUGCCGGCGGUUGACUUAA